AUGUCGAUCCUGACUUUAGAACACUUUGUAGUCUAUUUCGAGCUAACUCAAUUAUGUCUAUUUAUGGACUCACGACAUAAGACGCACAGCGACGAUCUAGAGAAUGACUUUAAGAAACGGAAUAUGCCGACAACCCAUCUGUUUUUGCCAGAAAUUGUUUUUCUUUUCUUACGUCCUUAA